UAAAAGAUCUUCUCUUCCACCAAAUCUUUACUGUACAACCUUCAAAAUCCCAUCUUUGGAAAGAAAAAAAGGCAAAAAUUCUCUCUUCCAUUGCAACAACUCAGAAUGACUGCUCCUCAAAUCUCUUCUUCACCUCAACCCCUUCUUGAAGAUGAAGAACAACCCAACACCCCCCAAAACCCCACCCCCACAAAAAAAUCCAAGAAAUUAGCUUUAAUCCCACUUAUUUUCAUAAUCUUUUUUGAGGUUUCUGGUGGUCCUUAUGGUGCAGAAGCAGCAAUUGGUGCAGCUGGUCCUUUACUAGCAAUUCUUGGAUUUUUAAUCUUCCCAUUUAUUUGGAGUGUACCUGAAGCUCUUGUUACAGCUGAACUUGCCACUACUUUUCCAGGUAAUGGUGGAUUUGUUAUUUGGGCUGAUAAAGCUUUUGGCCCAUUUUGGGGUUCUUUAAUGGGCUCUUGGAAAUUACUUAGUGCUGUUUGUAACUUAGCUUCUUAUCCUGUUCUUUGCUUAGAUUAUAUUAAGUUGGUUUUUCCUAUUCUUUCUUCUGGUUUUCCUAGGUAUAUUGCUAUUUUCUUGAUUACUAUGUUCUUGUCAUUCUUGAAUUAUUUAGGUUUGUCUAUAGUUGGUUACACUGCUGUUGUAUUAGGUGUACUUUCCCUUUGUCCAUUUUGGUUAAUUACCUUAUUUUCAAUUCCCAAGAUUGAUCCUAGUAGAUGGUUAAGUUUAGGUCAAGAGGGUGUUAAAAAAGAUUGGAACUUGUUCUUUAAUACCCUUUUUUGGAACUUGAAUUUUUGGGAUAAUGCUAGUACUUUAGCUGGUGAAGUUGAACAACCUCAAAAGACAUUUCCUAAAGCCCUUUNAACAUUUCCUAAGGCACUUUUUUCAGCUGGAAUUGUUACAUGUUUUAGUUAUGUGUUACCCCUUUUGGGCACUACUGGUGCUGUCCCAUUGGAACAAGGUAAAUGGACUGAUGGCUAUUUUGCUGAUUUGGCUGCUAUGAUUGCUGGAAAUUGGUUGAAAUAUUGGAUGGAACUUGGAAUUGUGUUGUCAGUGAUUGGUUUAUAUGAGGCUCAAUUGAGUAGUUGUGCUUACCAAAUUCUUGGAAUGGCUGAAAUGGGGUUGUUGCCUCGAGUUUUCGGUGUAAGAUCAGAAUGGUUUAACACACCUUGGAUUGGAAUUUGUGUACCAACAUUAGUAGCAUUGGUUGUGUCAUACUUGACAUUUGCAGACAUCGUAUCAUCUGUGAAUUUCUUGUAUAGUCUUGGGAUGUUGCUUGAAUUCGCGUCGUUUUUGUGGUUGAGAAGGAAAAUGCCUAAUGCUAAGAGACCAUAUCAAGUGCCACUGUCAAUGCGAGGACUAUUGGUUAUGUGUUUUGUUCCUUCUUGUUUUCUGGUUUAUGUUAUGGUUGUUGCUCAUAGGACUGUGUAUAUAGUCAGUGCAUUGCUCACUGUUUUUGCCAUUGCUUGGUACUUUUUCAUGGAGUUUUGUAAAACCAAGAUGUGGUUUUGUUUUCAAAGUGCUGAAGACAAGGUUGAUGAUGAGGAUUUGUAAUUUAAAUUGGAAAUAAUUGUUGGUGCGAAUUUGUUUAUUUUUUAUGAUGUAUUUAGGAUUUAAGUUAUACAUGUACAAAUAGUUUAACCAACUAUUGCUAUUA